UUUGCUGAGAUGGGAAGUUUUGGAUGAUUCCAUUCUAUGUCUGUUAAAUGUUUCCAAAGCUCAAAGCUCCAUCGACAUCCACCACCCACAGACACAAUCAGUUGUAGUUGAGAAGAUAAAAAAUCACACACACACAUAUACAAUGAGUGGGAAAGAAAAUAAGAUAGAGGAAGAGGAGGAGGAGACGAAGGUUGUUCAUCAUUGGAGCCACCAGCAUCGACUUACUCUGGGGGAACCUUGUAUAAGAGAAAAUUGUUCUGGCUGUGGAAGGCUUUUUAAUGGAGGAGAGAAAGCUUAUGCAUGUAGAUGUUGGCCGGUUGGUAUCGUAUUAGAUGAAGAAUGUUUGGGAAUGCCGAGGAAGAUUAGACACGCAAUGCACCCACAACACAUACUCACUGAUCAUCAUGUAUUCAGCUAUGAUGAAUACCGUCACAGAACACUCGCAGGAAAGUUGUGUGCAAUCUGCGAAAGUUCUCUUAUCAACCGCCGAACUUUUCUUGCCAACAUGGAGGGGAGCAUAUUCUACAAAUGUACGAGGGCAGAAUGUAUGUUGUGGAUGCAUAUGAGAUGCGCGCAGGGUAGUGACAUGAUGUACAAUGCAGCCGAUGAUGACGACGACGAUGACGAGCAACAUCGCACCAUAGAUCAUCCGAGUCACCCCAACCAUGGAUUGAAGUUGGUGAGGAGGAGUUGUCGCUUCAAGUGCGAUGCUUGCGGCAUCACACGCGGGGUGAAAUCCUACAUGUGCUGCAUAGCUAAUUGUCAGUAUUGGAUCCACGAGAGUUGCGCAUCGUUGCCUCAAACCAUCGAAAGCGAGUACCACUCUCACCCCCUCUCUCUCUCUUUUCAUGUCCCACCUUCAUAUAUGAGAAGGGACUUGAAAUGUGAUGUGUGUAAAACUUAUUUACCGUUUAAAUAUUGGAUAUAUCAUUGUGAGUUGUGCAGCUAUGUUGUCCAUCUCAACUGCGCCUCCAACGCCACUAGAAGAAAUGAGAAAGGGAUUAUGGAGUUCCCAAUAAGUGAUGUGAGUGAAGAGCUAAUUGGAGGUUUGGUAAAGAGAGAAGGAGGAGCUAUAUCAAUACCUCAUCAUGAUGAAGAUUAUAAGUUCCACAAUCACAAACUCAGAUUAGUGUCAUCAUCUCCCGAAGAAGAAGAAGAAGAAAAUAGUAGUGAUGAUGAUGAUGGGAAAGAUCAAGAAUCGCAAUUAAUAUGUGAUGGGUGCAUUACUCCUAUAUUCAACCGGAAACAGAGACCAUCUUCAUCAUCAUCUUCUUCUUCAAGUAGUAAAGAUUACUACUAUAUGAGUUGCAGCAGUGGAUGCAAUUACAAUCUUCACAUGGCGUGCUUCCACUUGCCAUCUCGCGUCCCCUCCAUUCCACUCCACCACCAAUUUGGUCACCACCUGAUUCUCAAAUCUUCUGACAAACUUCCAUCCGAUGAGUGGGAGUGCGAGGUGUGUGAACUCAAGUCAAGUGGGCUGUUCUACGCUUGCACAAAAUGCGACUUCAUAGCAGACAUCAAGUGCGCAUCUCUGCCGGCCACCAUAUAUCACACGGCUCACCCACAACAUCCCCUCCACUUUCAAUCUGGCGGGGCACAACUUUACUGUGAUGCUAUGUGUGGUGACUUCGUAUACAGCAACAACUAUUACGCGUGUGGCAACUGUGAGUUCAUUGUGCACGUUCGAUGCGCUGUGCUGCCAGCAUCAAUCACCAGCCGUAGAUGGGACAAGCACCACCCGCUGCUAUUGACGUACGACGCCAAUCUCAACCCUCAAGGUGAAUCAAUCUACUGCGAUGUAUGUGAAAGAGCAGCAACGAAUCCUAAGAGGUGGAUGUAUCGCUGCCGCCACUGCGAUCUAUCCAUCCAUCCCGGCUGCUUGAUUUCCACAUCCGGGUACUAUAGAAACAUCAAGUUGGGAAAGGAGUAUGUGAUUAAUGAUGCGGCACUUCACCCACCACACCCUCUCGCCUAUCAACUUCUCUCAAAACGCCGCUGCGACCUUUGUCGUAGGUAUAUGUAUGAAGAGCCAGGAUUUCAGUGUGCAUCAUGCAACUUCUGCGUUUGUUUAUACUACUGCGGUGCCGAAAUGCUCAGAAAGGGAGACAUGAAGGCCGUGGAGUGAUGUUUUACCUCUUUCUUCUUGUAUUGCUUUUGCUUAUGUUUUUUCUCUCAACGUUGAGAGGGUUUUUUCUUUGUUUGUUUUAUUUUCUAUGUUUUAGUGUUUGUGAUGUCUUUUGUCGAGUUCUUGUUUCUAUGU